GGCCAGGACAGUUUUUAUUGGUCAGUUGAAAACCCAAGACUAGGGAUAUAUCUUACCUGGAACUCUAAAUGCCUUUUGAGUUAAUGUAAUUAAAGAAUUAGGGGGAGUUGUUAUUUUUGUAAUUAAUAAAUGCAGAGUUUAAAAGGCAUAAUGUGGGUCAUGCUCUUCUAAGAUGUUUCAGUUCUUCCAUAGAGACAUGCUCUUUAGGCCAAAAUAUAUUACAUCACCAUACACGCUGAGAAACUAGAAAUGUUUCUCUGGGAGUGAUUAGAAAUCCUAUAUAAUCAACCUGCUUUGCACUUAUACAGAACAGUGGAGAGAGUGUCUUCCUUAACUGCUGGAUUAAACAAGCAAUGGAGACUCUGAGUACAGCAAACACUGGCUUUGCCCUUGACCUUUUCAAACAUGUGUGCAAAACGCAAAGCAACAAGAACAUCUUAUUUUCACCAUGGAGUAUUUCAGCUGUCAUGGCCACUGUAUUUCUUGGGGCUGAAGGCUAUACUGCAGAGCAAAUAGCAGAGGUGCUUCACUUUAACAAAGUUGGGGGGUCUGAAAUUGCCAGAACUAUGAGACAACCACAAGCACAUUCCAAAAUGGAAGAGCUCCUGAAUAACCCCUGCAUCCGUAUUCAGAAGGCCUCCGAUAAAAAAUCAAGCAACAUCCAUUUGGAAUUCCAGACACUUAGCCAAGAAAUAAACCAGCCCACAAAAAAUUUCCUGCUUAGAAGUGUCCAUCAGCUAUAUGGAGACAGAUCAGCACCUUUUAGAAAAGAAUUCUUACAGUCAGUCAAGAAAUAUUAUAACAUAGAGCCCCAAACUGAGAACUUUCAAGAAGCUGCAGAAGAAGUUAGGAAAGAGAUCAAUUCCUGGGUUGAACGCCAGACAGAAGGUAAAAUACAGAAUCUGUUGACGAAGGGAUCCAUAGAUUCACUUACCCAGCUGGUCUUGGUAAAUGCACUGUACUUUAAAGGAAACUGGUCAAAGACAUUUAAGAAGGAAGACACAACAGAUCAGUCUUUCAGACUGAACAAGAGCACAAAUAAGCCAGUAAAGAUGAUGUUCCAGCAUGACAAAUUUAACUGGAACUACAUAAAAGAAGUAAAGACUCAGAUUCUUGAGCUCUCAUAUGUCAACAAUGACCUUAGCAUGUUUAUAUUACUCCCUGAUGACAUCAGUGAUGACAGCACUGGUCUAAAAAUGCUGGAAAAAGAAUUAACUUAUAAGAGCUUAUCCAAGUGGACUAGCCCAGAAGAAAUGGAGGAAACGGAUGUGAAGGUGUAUCUUCCUAGGACCCAAUUAGAAGACAGCUAUGAGCUAAAGGCAACUUUGAGCAGCAUGGGAAUAACAGAUGCCUUCAACACAGACCAAGCAGAUUUCACUGGGAUGUCAGACAGAAAGAACCUGGUUCUGUCCCAAGUUUUUCAUAAGUGCUUUGUUGACAUCAAUGAAGAGGGCACAGAGGCUGCUGCUUCAAGUGUUGCUGAUCUGGCAGGUCGAAGUGACCUGGGUGCUGUUUUGUUUGCAGCCGAUCACCCUUUUCUCUUUUUUAUCCGGCAUAACAAAACCAAAAGCAUCCUCUUUUGGGGAAGAGUCAGCUCUCCCUAAAAUAUUGUAACACUGUUAGCAAACAGGAAGGAUCUUACAGCAGCAGAAACGAACACAGCCACAGUUAGUCAAAAUAUGUCUAAAUAUGGUGGGUUCUUUUCUCUUUCCUGUAUGUUUGGGGAAUGACAGACUGCACGGGGCCACUGCUGAUAUAUUCCACAAAGAUGUCAACUCACUGUUUCAAAGGAAAACUACCCAAACCACAGGGUGGGGGUAGGGGGGGGAUGAACAUAGAGGACUUUUGUUGCUGGGGAAAGGGUUGCUAUGUCUUUCUGUAUUGUACUAAGCAAUGCAAUUUACAAUCUAGAGACCAGCAUUUGAAAGCCUUCUUUAGUAACCGACUCAAAGGAAAAUAAAAAAUUAAUCUGUGGAAGUCAGUGUAUAUACAUCAGCAUGCUAAGAUAUGUUCAUUUGUGUGUCCUCUGCAUGAAUGAGGGGCUGUACAUAUGCAAAGCUAUAUUUGCAUAGAACUUCUCCGCACCUUUGAGGACUCUGGGGGAGCAAGAGACUUCCUUAUGUCAGGGGCAUGGCCAGCAUUUGCAGCCCUGUUCUUCUCCCAGCUUUCCUGAAGAUGUGAUGGGUUGUGCAGGAGCAAAUAGCUUACCAGUAGUGUUUUAAUAAACAGAUGUGUCACAUAUGGCUAUGCAAAUGUUGAUUUGUAACUAUAUUGUGGGUGGAAAUCAUGUUUCAUUUUCUUUCAUGUUGUAAUACGUAAAUACACCAUUUGUAAGAUAGCAAAGAAAUAAAAUUGAUUUCUCAUGACA